GAAGGGGCGGGGCUCCGCCCGGACGCGGAGCUCCCGCCACCAUGGCUUCUCGUGGGAUCGUGGGCAUUUUCCUCCUCGCUGCUCUUCCCCUCUUGUGUCUGGAGCUCCGGCGUGGGAUCCCCGAUCUAGGAGUUAAAGAUCUAAUUUUGCUGUGUGGUCGGAUUUUCUUACUGCUUGCUCUUCUUACUUUAAUUAUUUCUGUGACUACCUCAUGGCUUAAUUCAUUUAAAUCGUCCCAAGUGUAUCUGAAAGAAGAAGAAGAGAAGAAUGAGAAAAGGCAAAAACUUGUCAGAAAAAAACAACAAGAGGCACAGGGUGAAAAGGCCACCAGAUACAUAGAGAAUGUUCUAAAACCUCACCAGGAAAUGAAGUUGAGAAAACUGGAAGAGCGCUUUUAUCAGAUGACGGGUGAAACCUGGAAGUUGAGCAAUGGUCAUAAACUUGGGGGUGACGAAGAUUUGGUGCUUGAAGAUGGGAGUCAGACAUCUUUUGAAACACCAAACAGAGAAGCAGCAAAGAGACGAAACUUGCCUAAGCCUGUAACCAGAAUUUCAGCAUCUGCUGAGCAGCCCACGCAGAAGGAGGUUCUUGAUCUGCCUGAAGAACCUCCUGAAACAGCUGAAGAAGUAGUUACUGUCGCUCUCCGAUGUCCAAGUGGGAGUGUCCUGAGAAGAAGAUUUUUUAAGUCUUGCAGUUCACAGGUCUUAUUUGACUGGAUGAUGAAAAUCGGGUACCACACAUCCCGAUACAGCCUUUCUACUUCCUUUCCCAGACGGCCUCUGGAAAUGGAGGGAGGCUGGUCACUGCAGGACAUAGGAAUAACUGUGGAUACUGUACUCAAUGUGGAAGAGAAAGAGCAGACUACUAAUUAAGAAAUGAGAAUUACCUGUUCUCCAUAAAAAUCAGUGAUGCCCUGAUCUUACAGGACAAUAAAGGGUUCACAUUAAAAUUAUGCCAUACCUUGAUUGAGCUCAAGGAGGUAAACACUUUAAUGUUGAUAUCCUUGGGAACAUAUGGACAUAAAGGAUUAGAAAAGGAUUGCUCUCUGCAUAUAAUAGGUUUUGGAAUGUGCCAUAUUAUAAUGUACCAAAUGAAAACUAGAUAAAAAUGUAUACCGUAAGGCAUUCAAUGAUCUGUAUUUUUCCUAGCUGACAUCAUUUAUCACUAUGUUGAAAACAAAGUCAUAUGACUCUGUUUUCUACCUCUACAGUCCACCUUGCCACACUGAACAUUUCACAAUUCAGUCAAACUCUAAAGUCUAUUAAGUAGGAAUAUUUGUUCUGCUGUAUUUCUAGAAAUUAAACUUUAAAGACAUUUCAAA